CGCCUGCAACUGCCACCCCUCAGUGUCCGCAAGUUUGGAAUUGACAGAGCAGGGCACCUGUAAACACUCUUCCAGAGGGCUCCUCCUCAGUGCAGGAGCUUGGCCAAGAGGCAUUUCAUGAUCACUGGCUUUUGUUUGGGUUUGGUUGGUCUCAACUCUGCUCUGGAGGUCCCUGCUGCUGGAUGGUGAGGAUGGGGGUACAGGAAGGGGGAAGGCAGCGAUCCCCACCCACAGCCAGCCAGGUUCCUUUGGGUGCCCGUAGGUCUCAGGCUGGCUCUGCUGGCAGCGAGGGGGUUUGGGUUAGGGCAGGCGGCCUCGGGGAACCUCAGAUGACCCUGUCCUGGCGCCAGGUGGGAGAGGGUAAGGGCCUUCCACCACACCGUUUCCACAUCCCCACCUCAUGUCAGAGACGCUGGCCAAGCCCUGCGGCAGCCACCACGCUUCACCCUGCACAUGGGGCUGGCAGCCACCCCUGGGCAGCCUGGCCAGUCACACUCACUGCUCUUCCUCCAGGCAGGGCUCCUCAGCCUCACCAGGGUCCCUCAUCGCCCUGCUGCAUCGCACGGAAUCGUAAGCAUGGCCGGUGGAGGUAGGGCACUAAAGGCACCAGGCAUAGCCUCUGCCUCGGAUGUUGGUGCACAACAGGGCUUCUGCAGUACGGCAGUUUCCUGGCUGUGCACUGUCAGGCUUUCCCUCAGUUUAACUAGCAUACUCAUGAAAUAAAUCCCUGCAGACAAAUGCCGCAUUCACAGAUUACAGAGCAGCCCUACAUCUGUCGGCUGGGAUGGGCUUCUCUUGUCUUCUGCAGCUUGCACGGAGAAUAGGAGCGUGUGGAGCAGGAGACCUGGAGGCUCAAGCUCACGCACCCAGCGAGGACGCGUGCUCGCGGUGUGCUGGGCUGUCCACACGUGUGUGCUCACCUUCAAAGCCAACAAGGGCUUGUUCUCACUGGGAAGCUGUGUCACAUUUAGGCCAGAGCUGCUCAAAGAACCAGUUUAGACAAGAUUCCUGCAUCCAGUGUUUUCAGUCUGGCAUCUUUUACCACCACUAAAUGCAAAGCUUUUAAUUAAUAAUAGACUAAGAUGCCUGGAGCAAAGACUGCCAUUCUGAACUGUAAAUGCAUGCGGUAUCAGUCACAUAGCAUCAUAAGGCUUCUUGGCUCUCUUGCAAUAUGCAUGUUGACGGUUCUGAGAGAGAAGGAAAGAAUACUCAAACAGUCACUUACCGAUCUCCACAUGAGAGAAGGCUCAGUGAGACAGAAAACAGCAGCAUGAAUGAGAGCAUCGGUGACGGAAGGUGCAGUGAUGCCAUUUCACUUCGCAUGGAUCUCUCCAAUCUUGUGACCUGGGCACACACUCAUGGGACCAUAUGCAGUUCAAUCCCAGCCUUGGAAAUUGUGCAGAACAUGGGUCAUCCUAGCAAGGACAAUGCUGUUCUGUGGAUAUGUGGACUUGGACAUGCGUAUCACUGGCAGUGUGGAAAAUUAUACAUCAGGAGCACAGAAGAGAGUGAAGCUGGAGAAAAGAGAAAGAGGCUAGUAUCUUUUGAGGCUUCAUCAAGGGAAGCUAGUUUAGAUGAAAAGAGGCUCAGGACAACCCCGUCUUUUGAGAGGGCUAAAGGAGAUGCUGUUAGCACAGGGUCUUGUAGCAGAUCUCCAGGGGUCACUCAGCAGAAAGACAACACAGUCUACAUAAUACAUAAUGAACCAUCACCCAGAGAAAAUCGAAAAAAUAGCAAAUCCAUAAAAUCAGGCUUUGCAGCAGAGCAGCAUUUGUCAAUAUCUGGUGAUGAAGUCAAAACUGACAGACAUAAGGUGAAGCUAGAAAGCAAUGAAGAUCUACAGAUCAUCUCUGAUGAAGAACAGUGUAUAUCAAAUGAAGACGACCAAGGAGACAGAAUCAACCAGAAUAUUCUGUCAGAAUCACCAAAUAAAGGUGUAACUGCUGAGGUAGAUUUGCAAAUGUAUCACGGUCAAAAGAUGGCAUUUAACAGCCUGAGGGCUGCCCAAACAUCUGGCUUUGCCCCCGCAGGAAAGCCACCCCUAACUCUUGCCUGCAUUCUGAAAUCCCCCAUCAGCAAUCAAGAGAGCCUAGACAGCAGCUUCUUGAGGUUAGGUCCUCUUAAUCCUGCAGGGUCCACAACUGAAACUUCUAGAGCAAGAAACUCCUCUGGGUCAGCAAUACCAAAAGAAUAUUUAAAAUCUGUUCCUGUCUCCAGCAUUGAGGCAAAGGCCCAACGUGAGUCACCCGCCUCUGUGACAUUCUUUGAGUUUGAAGCCACUGUAGAUGUCCAGCAGCAACUCCAGCUGAGCCCUCCUGAGCAUGGCACACGAGAAAUAGGCUUAAGUGGGAACAUUACUGAAAACUCUAUUGAGGAGAGUGAACCAUCAGGAUCUGGGCAUGCACCUCAUCUUUCAGCCUCACUGAGUCCAGAGAGCAAGAAUGCAGACCAUCCACCCGCAUCUUCAAGCAAAAGUGCGUUGAAGAAGUGGGAGAAGAAGAGAAACCGUAAUACUGGCGAUACAAAAGUCUUCAGAGACUGGCUGCUUUUACAUUGCCCUUCCGAAACGCGCGAGAUCUAUGAGCUGCCACCGGAAGACCUCAAUAAUUACCUGGCCUCGUUCUACUCUUCUGCAAAGAAACAGAAUGGCACAGAUUUUUCUGCCAGUUCUUUGCACUUCUUUCAGAGCAGCAUAGAGAGGUACCUCAAGGAUCACAACUACAAGUACAGCGUAGUUAAAGGGUUGGAAUUCAGAGCAUCUCAGGAAGCCUUGAAACUAAAGCAUCAGCACCUGUCUCAAAAAGAGAGAGAAGGAGAGUGGAGUAUUUUGGAGAAUCUGACAGAUGAAGAUGUGGAAAGUCUUUGUAAGAAGGGACUUUUAAGUAAGAUGCACCCUCAGGGCUUUUUGCACCUCAUGUUCACAAAUAUCAUUAGGGGGUUUGGGGCAAGUACACACAGUCAGAGCCAUAAUCUGUACUGGGGACAGCUUGUGCUCAAAAAGAACGAGGGAGAGCUGGAGUACUUGGAGUGGAAGGAUGAUCUGAACACAGAGGUAAAUACAAGGGAAUCGGGUCCACGUCUCUUUGCCAAGCCUGACAAUCCAGAUAACUGUCCAGUCGCAGAUUAUAAGGAGUAUGCUAAGAGGAGGCCGCUGGAUAUGCUUCAUGACUAUGAUCCACUUUAUCUAACGCCCAAGCCUCUGUGCUCCAUAUGGGACCAAACAUGGUACUGUAGAAAGUCACUGACAAAAGCCAAAAUGGAAAAGAUCUUGAAAGUUAUUAUCCAGCAAGUCAAAGGACCUGUAAAGAAGUCCAAGAAAUAAAGGUAUCCAUUUAGUUUCUGCUGUGCCACUUUUUGGUAGGAGCACGUUUCAAAGUAGUCUUUGAAAGGUUUAAGUGGCAAUAUUUAGUAUAGGUUGAGGAGAACAUCCUUCUCUUCGGUUUCACCUUAGAACAUAAGUAAUCCACAAAUUUGCAUCACCUUAGUGUUCAGGUUAAGUGAAAAACUUCUAUUGUUCUUUGUAUUAAUGGAAUUGAUAGUUCAGUAAGUUAAAUAAAUAUGAGAAUCUUAGGUUUCACAUUUGUAAAACAAGUUAAUAUUCUACUGUAUUAUUAAUGACAUGAUAAAAUAGCCAAUGUUAACACGGAGAGGGCUCGGUAGCUGAAUAGCUUGGCUAGGAGUUUAAGCUGCACUCAUGUUUAGGGGGGCUGACACGUACACAGUGUUUAGUCUAUAGUAUAAGCCUAUUGAAAAAAGUAACACAAGUUAGUUCUGGGAUGGAAGGAGAACGGUGAAAUGCUGUGUUUGCCAACUGCUAAUCCAUAUCUCAUGGUAAUACUUUCAACAAGGUUUAUGUCAUUUUUCUUAGUGAAAAAUUUGUAGAUUUAAGAAGUUGUGAUUGGGUUUUAAAAAGUUAUGUAAAAUGGCUGACAGCGUUGAAAGGUUUUAU